UCGGUCCUUGGUAGUCGCGCGCAAACCGUCGGCCCGAGCGGGAGGUUCUCGCGCCGGUUCGUGUUGAUCUAUCUCCCUUCGCGUACGUUUCUCUCGGUGCCACGGCAAUUCGGAAAGUAACAUUUGGUGGCGGCUCUCCGAGCGAUAAGUGACCGUUGGUUCCAACAGCUACAGUCUGUAACAGUUCCACCAAUUUCCAGGACACUUACAGCGUUAAACUAAUUGUCCCUGCGGUGACUGUUCAUGGUUUCCACAUGAUAUGACCCAGUCCCGCGAAGUUUUGGCAAUGAUGGACGCGCACACGACAACGUUUGGACGCAAGAGAGGAUGCACGAUUUCCCCUUGCGGCGGUUUCCUCUUGGGCGCAGCGUUCCUGAUAUCGUUGGUAGUGACGGGACUUCUCGUCUAUCAUUUCGGCUCAUGUCUCCAGGAAAUCCACACGAAGCCGUGCAACGAUCUCAUGAACUCGGAAUUCGAAUCCCGCGGUAUGCUGUCCCCGAACCUGUUCAACAAGAAGAAACUCGACGUCAGAUUACCGAGAUCCAUCGUGCCAGACUCUUACGAGCUGAGGUUGACACCCUUUAUAUGGGAGGGAAACUUCACUUUCAAUGGCGAGGUGAAGAUACUUGUAAACGUCACCGAGAACACGAGAAACGUGACGCUUCACGCGGUCAACAUGGACAUCGACGAAAGUUUCACGAACAUCAGGGAGUACACAGCGUCGAACGACAAGGCAUCCAGAGCAAUUGGAAUCGUAGAACAGAUGAACGACACCGAACGGGAGUUUCACGUGAUUAAAACGUCGGACACGUUGAAGGGAGGCAAGCAAUACGUAGUGCAUCUCAAGUUUGUUGGCUAUUUGACCGACCGACUGGAAGGUUUCUAUAGGAGCUCGUACACCGUUGGCAAUCAGACAAGAUGGAUCGCGGCGACACAAUUCCAGGCGACGGACGCGCGACGCGCUUUUCCGUGCUUCGACGAGCCAGCCCUGAAAGCCAGAUUCCAGAUCAGCAUCGCACGACCCAAGAACAUGACGUCCAUCUCGAAUAUGCCUAGAAAGGGGGAGCCUAUGCCAGUGCCUGGUUUGCCUUCGUACGUGUGGGACCACUACGAUCGCUCGGUACCGAUGUCUACCUAUUUGGUGGCAUUCAUAGUUUCGGACUUUGAGAUGCUGAAAACGGAAUCUGGGAACUUCAGAGUCUGGGCACGCAGCGAAGCGAUCGACCAAGCGAACUAUUGUUUGAAGAUUGGUCCGAAGAUUCUCGAGUACUACGAGGAUUACUUCAAGAUUAAAUUCCCUUUGCCCAAGAUAGACAACGUCGCCCUGCCCGAUUUUUCAGCGGGCGCCAUGGAGAAUUGGGGCUUAAUUACAUACAGAGAGACUGCUAUGUUAUACCAAGACGGUGUCUCAACUAACAGUAACCAACAACGAGUAGCCACUGUAGUUGCUCACGAAUUCGCUCACCAGUGGUUUGGAAAUUUGGUGACCCCGAGUUGGUGGACAGAUCUUUGGUUAAACGAAGGGUUUGCCUCUUAUGUAGAAUACAUCGGUAUGAACCAGGUAGAACCAACGUGGAAGGUUUUGGAACAAUUUGUUGUUCACGAUCUACAAUCUGUCCUCGGAUUGGAUGCGUUGGAAUCCUCGCACCCUAUAUCGAUCCAAGUCGACAAUCCCGAUGAGAUCAGCGAAAUCUUUGACAGAAUUUCGUACGAAAAAGGUGCUUCGAUAAUAAGAAUGAUGGACCAUUUCCUCACCACCGAUGUCUUCAAACAGGGUUUAACAAAUUACCUGAACGGAAAGGCUUAUCAAAGUGCCGAGCAGAAUGAUCUAUGGGACGCUCUGACAAAACAGGCGCACAAGGAUAAAGUACUGGAUCCCGCGGUGACGAUAAAAGAAAUUAUGGAUACUUGGACGCUUCAGACUGGUUUUCCCGUGGUGACAGUCACUCGAAAUUACAAAAAUGGCUCCGUAACGUUGAUGCAGGAACGUUUUCUACUACGCAAUGGUACUAUGACAACCACGUCCGAGGCCGAGCCACUAUGGUGGGUGCCAAUCACGUACACGACCGAAAGUGAAUUGGAUUUCAAUAAAACUCAGCCAUCCGAAUGGAUGAAAGCCACGAAAACGAUUACAAUGUCGAAUUUAAAUUUGAACCCGACCCAAUGGGUAAUCUUCAACGUAUUGGAAACCGGAUAUUAUAGAGUCAACUAUGACAGGACAAACUGGCAGAUGAUAAUCCACCAAUUGAACAAGGAUUCCUUCAGAGACAUAUCAACGAUCAACCGUGCUCAGUUGAUCGACGACGCGUUGAAUUUAGCGAGAGCUGGGAGAUUGGAUUACGCCACUGCGUUGGAUGUCACGUCAUACUUAGCUCACGAGACUGAAUACUUGCCUUGGAAGGCUGCAUUCACUGCCAUGCACUACUUGGAUGACAUGUUGAUCCAGAUGCCAGGUUACGAUAAGUUCCGAGUAUAUGUCUUGAAACUCCUCGACAACGUGUAUAAGCAAGUUGGAUUCAAGGAUAACCUUGGAGAUCCUCAGCUGACAGUUUUCACCCGCAUCGACGUGCUGACUUGGGCUUGUAAUUUCGGUCACGAGGACUGCGUACAAAAUGCCAUGAAGCAAUUCCACAAUUGGCGUAACACCCCAAAUCCAAACAAGAAUAACCCAAUUUCGCCGAAUUUGAAGACAGUCGUUUACUGCACGGCCAUUAGAGUUGGUGGGCAAACCGAAUGGGACUUUGCUUGGCAAAGGUAUCUGGAAACGAACGUUGGCUCCGAGAAGGAUCUGCUUCUGAAUGCACUCGGUUGCAGCAGGGACAUCUGGCUUCUAAGUCGAUACUUGGAUUGGACAAUCACUGGGAAUUCGGGAAUUAGGAAACAAGAUGUUACUCGAGUUGUCAGUUCUGUCGCCAACAACAAUAUCGGACAUUCACUAACAUUCAACUUUCUCCGAAAUAAGUGGUCACGUCUCAAAGAAUAUUUCGGAUCAUCUUCGCUAACUAUUACCAACAUAGUAAAAUCAGCAACCAGAGGCAUAAACACCAGAUGCGAGCUUAAAGAUUUGCUGGACUUUACGACAGAGCACAAAAACGAGCUAAGUAGCGCGGCGAGAACAGUGCACCAAGCGAUCGAACAGUCGCAAGCCAACAUACGAUGGACAGAAGUCAAUCACGUUACAAUUAAAAACUGGUUAAAAAGGAACACUGCGUAAUGAUAAGAAGGAAAGGAAUACCGCAUGAAUCUACGACGUUUGGAAGAGCAAUUAUUAUUGUUCUAGGACGGAAGUCGUGGCCAUGUGGCAACGUUUGCGGGUGUCGUUCAAUUCCGUGGGGAUAUUGAAUCCGCACGACCAAACUCUCAUUUUCAUUUCCAAUUAAACGCAGACUUGCGCGAAGCAGGAUGUUUUCGAAGUUUACAAACGUGUAUUAAGUGUUUUUGUAAGUUUUUUGUAAAUAUGCGUCGAACAUUAAUAUAUUAUCAAUGAAUUAUAUAGAUGUUUAGCUGAUAGGUAGGAUAGGUCGAUUACCGCCCAUAUAUAUUCAAACGCACCAUAAAAUUCGAUACUUUAAGAAUCGUGAGCGUUUAACGGAUAAACGGGAUUGAUCUUGAUGCGAACCCACCUAAUCGAUCCCGAAUUGUGACCAUUACGUGUAGAACAAUAAUGUCCCUGUGUAAUUUAUAUUUUUAACGUAGAAAAUUCGAAAUAUUCGUCAUUAUUUGUAAUAAAUUUAACUCUUUAUAUGGUAGAAAAUGUUUCUCUGUUGCGAUUUCUCGAUCUCGUGUUAUAGUCCUUUCGACGUCUUUCAUCGAUGAGUUGAAAAGCUCUCGUGUAAUUACUUUUCAAUUGGCACUAAAAAUUCGUUCCAGUUUUCGCAAUUGAUUUUGCGCUAUGAAAUAGUUCUUAUGUUUUUGGAAGAUCGUUUGGUAUUCGUUUGACACGAGUGGCUGAAGAAUUUCUACGCGUCGGGAAACUGAUAAACCUUUGUCCCAUAAUACUUGAUAUUAAUUUGGCGUUUUUACGGUAUCUCAGACUAGGAUAAGAAAUGAUGAUAUCGUCGGUUACAAUUUAUCGCGAGUAAACUCAGUAUUUAUUAUAUUAUGGACUUUCCAAUUUAACGAUCGAAUUUCAUCACGCACAAUGUAUAAUUUAAGUACUUUGGAAUUCCGAUCUUCCAGUUUCUAUAGGUGAAAAGAAAACGAUGAACGAGUUUUUCAUAAUUAAUAUAUUUCUAAGUCAUGGACCGCAAAAGCAUGAACUAACAGCUCUGUUGCAGUUUUUCUUGUUCGUGUGACGAGAUUGUUGCUAUAUGAAUACAUAUUAUAAUGAAGCCAUUUUGUUUAAAGACAGACUGUGGUUGUAACAAGUUGUAUAAUGGCAUUGUAUUUCGGUUUCAUAUAAUAAAGUUGUAUCGAUUUUUA